GGCUUUAAACAGGGAAGAGGGGCAGUGACAAAUCACCAAGAGUAGAAGACGUUGAAAAGAGAAGAGCCAGCAGCAGACGUCGCGAUCCGCAAUGUGUUCGAGAAGCAGUGCGUAAGCGACAGUGGCCGCUCAAGGAUGGCAAGGAGUUUGCGGAGACGAGGGACAACAGCCCAAACGUCUCAUGGUUCUCAUGACCGCAACUAUAUACCCGCCCGCCGUUUGCGCGAAUGCGGACAGCCUGCUCAGGUGCGCAGAGACACACCCAUCCUCGAGUCUCCCGAGGAAUCAUAGCCAUUCUCCAAUGAGCUUUGCCCUGCGCAUGCCCGCAAGUUCCGGCACGGUUGAGCGGACAAGGCUUGACAGGGAUUGGUCGGCUGCUUCCGAUUACACGCAGAUGGGGUUGAGGUGGGUAGAGCACGGGGGUGUGUCCGUGGUUAUGGGCAGUUGUGGAGGCAGUGCGACAGAUGACGGCGUAAGAUGCAAGUGCUCGAUUGCGGGAACCUGUCUCGUCGCUGCAAUGUUCGGGCCCGCAGAUAAGGCUGAGCGGGGAAGCGAGACGCGGGCAAUCCAGGCAGGGAUUGCGCUAUUGGGACUUCGGCACGGUUUUGAGUUGACUUGUCUGUCUGUGACUUCCGGAAUCGGGAGCCCACCCUGGACGGAGACAAGCGUUGACAUUGUGACCAACAUGGCCUUCCAGAAGAUGCCUAAUCCGGGGACAAUGACUCAAUGCCUGAGACUGCCACCGGCCACGCUUUGUCUUUCGGUCCAAGACCAGCUCAACGCGAGACCACAGCCUCGCGGUUUGCUGAUAGACUGGCAAAAGGCCAUGUGGUUGCAUCUGCUCAGGGAGCGCAUCUGCUCCAGAGAGCGCAACUCUCGGUGCGCAGUUCAAUGACGCGCGCAAAUGGACGCGGAACGUCCAACUUAGAAACGAUGAUUUAAGAGGAGAGUAGUGCGUGGAUUUGUCCCAGAUGGAAGUUCAAGACCAUGCCCAAGCCAGUCGCCGCAUGAGCUUUGACAAUCUUCGAGCCCAGAGAGAACUUUACUGUCAACGCCUCGUGUCAACAAAGACUGUCCAAAUACACCAUGAGCCAGAGGACGAACACCAGCCCUAAAUAUUCAGAGGAACGGUGGGUACCG